AUAUGAUGGUGGCGACUGUACUUCUGUAACAAUUUUGUCCACAUUGAAGCAAAACUGGAAAUUGCCAUCUCAACGGACGGAUAUUAAAUUUGCGGAUUUCGUGAGAAUACUCACUCCAGGUACGACAAUGGCCGGAAGUGUUCGCGAACGUAGUAAAGGUGGAGGUUUCUUGGCCGUUCUUCCUGCUGACUCUAAUCCAGCACAUGAUGCUCUUUGAUCGAUGCGUACCGAUGCGUACGUGGUCGCGACAAGAACAAAUUACAACAUGUACAAACGGCAAAGAACCCCCAGCCUGUGAAACAAACGGAACGCCCUUCACCAAUAACGUCAUUUAUUUAUAAACAGUUCAAAGUUCCAGUAUCUUUGGCGACUACCUCCAAAUAUCGAGCGAAGGAAAGACCCCAAUCAGCGUUUGCAGGGAAUAGGCCUACGCACUCCAGUGAGGGAAGGAAGAUGGAUAUAAAACACACCACUAUGUUAACCAACCUAGCUGCAUCGUAUUACGAGAAGUUUCAUCUGAACCAAGGCACUAACGACCGUAAUGCAAAAUCAAAAGUUAGGCCAUGGACCGGAAAAGGUCGAUUGAACGAAAAUGUCAUUAACGCAGCGUUAAACAAAUUGAAAAUACUCGAAAGCGCAACCGAUAAUCGGAAUCGUAAUGAUUCGGAUUUUGUGUGCAUAAAAAAAAGUGGUUUGUGCAGCGACUCCGAUGACUCGUUCAGCACUUCUCAAUUUGAUAAUCUCGAAUUCGAGGGAGAUUACCACCCAUUUCGCUGCAAGUCACUACACAAUCGCCGAACACCGGAAAAAACCGAGAGAUCCACCAGUUUUACCGUCAACAACACGAUCGAAGUCGCCACCUUGACCGAUUUUGAGGGUACCACUAAGACACCCGCAAAGUCCGCGAUACCAAUCAAACGUGGGACGACCAAAACCACCGGCCCUCAAAGUCUCGAGCAGAAAAUCAAACACAUAGUCGACGAAGUGAGCGGGCUCGAGGACGAAAUUGCAAACUUCUCGGGCCUGGUUUCCGACGACAGAGAUUACAUCUUCAUGGAAGAGGUCAUGAUGCGCAAUUUGAUUAAGUUGGACAACCUCAAUAUUGACAAUAUGGAUUCGAGAAUGCUUCGAAAGCAAGCUAUACAACUUAUCCAAAAGUUGAUGAACCGCCUGCAACAGAAGUUGCACGAUAAUAUAGAUUUGGAUAUAAGCCAAAGUCAGAAAGUCAAGUGUUAGACAUAGGUAUAUUGCAUGAAGACAUUGUGCUGUCGAAUAAAUUCGUAUUAUUGUCAAAAAACGUUGGGCUACAAAAGAACAAUUAUAUUAGAUCUAAUUCA